CCUCCUCUCUGGUUGUGUAAGGUCCUACUGCGGAUCCACGGUCCCGCCCUACUUUUUUAAAUACCCACCACACCACGGGACCGUUACACAGGAGACCAUAGACAUAUACGCAGGAGACACCCGGGGAUGAGCUGAUAUCAAAAUUUAUUCUUCCACACCGUGAAUUACUCCCACAGAUUGACCAGGAACAUGGAGCUGGACCGGCGGCUGUUGCUGGCUCACUGUGCGGCCCACGCCCUCUCGGUAAUGGCCGGUUUGCUGGUGGUCGUACCGAUGGCUCUUAACGGGUCCGCCUUCAAAGGCCGCUGCGCCCUUUUCUCCACCGGCUACUGGAGGACCGAGGACCAGCAAGAACUGACGGGACAGCCCGGGGAUCUGUCUCACCUGGUGGUGCAGCAGUGGGGACCACCGGCAGCCUGCCAGUUCGCCACGUUUGUGGGUAUUUUCACGGUGCUGUACGGAGCUGCUCAGGGCUGGAGGUGUUUGUUCUAUCUGCACGGACGACACGACGACACGCUGUUUUCGUCGUUCCUCACGGUACUGCUGAGUGUGUGUGUGCUCUUCUUGUCUGGAGGAGCCAGCGUUAUCUUGUCUCUGGGAUUCAGCUCGUGGUGCGACACUGUGACGGAUGACAACACACGGCCGUACAGCUGUGCAGAGUCCCAGUCUGUUUCGCUUUAUUUGGAUGUGGACACUUCCUCUUUCUACACAGAGCUUAGUCUGGCAGAGGCGUCUCUGUGGUGUGCGACGGCUCUGUGGCUGGCUCAGUCCAUCCUGGCUUUCCUGCGGCUCUACCACUCUCACAGCCAGCACAUCAGUGGCCCUUGUCUUCCCAGAGAGAAGGAGCUGCUGCUGGGACACAGCCCAUCUGACAGCGCCACCCCAUCGCCUCCCCAUCCUCCUGCGACCCCCACCAUCUUAGUCUAACAGAAUGUGUAAGGUAGUGACAUUUAACUCCACUAUCCAGAGCUCAUGUUGUUCCUCAUCAUCUUCAGCUUCUCAUUUUAUUUUGAUAUAAUUCUUCAUCCUACAUAACAGCCUUGUAAAUGAACAACAUAGAUGCACUAUUUAUGAGCCAGUAAGCGACAAGAAAAUACAGAAAUGCCAAAGAUGGACAGGUGUUACUUUAGUCUUUUCUUAGACAGGAAAGUUUAACUGGAAAAUGUGAAACAGGCCACAGUUCUCUGUUAGCCAUAUUUAAGGUAAAUAUUUUCUACUGGUUGAUCUGUUAAACCUUGAAUUAUCUUACAGUAUUAUCCUGAAAUACCCAUUAUCAGCCAGGCAGUGUUACAUAAUGACCGAUGUAUGAGCAGAGCCAGAAUCACUGGCUGCACGUUACUCUGUCAUCGGUCUUUAAAAAAUCCCUCUCUUCUUACCAUUUGGAUGGUUAGAAGCCCAGGGAUCACAUUGGAUCACAUUGGAUUUUUCAAUGUGACUUCAGUUCCUAUACAGGCCUAAAGUCUGUAUCACCUUCAAAUCAUUAAUCAUGGAUGACCAAGUCAGAGAAGGGUACACUAGUGUACUACUCUAGUAAUACAGCCCUGCACUAAGUCUUAGCUUCAUGAAGAUUAUGAGGUUCAGUCAAUGUUUAAACAGUGUAACAAAGAUGAUUCAAGUGGAUGAUUAAUAUGGAGGAUGCAGUUUGUGCUGUUAAAUUAUAUUUAAUUAAAAACAAAGGCUUCCUUCCCACUGACUAAUCUGGGGUUGUCAAAAUAAUAGAAACGUGUCCUGAUACUGAUACACACAAUACAAUUAAAUAGUACUAAAAGCCAACCAAAGAACCAACAGCUCUCUAAAUCUGAAUACUAUAACCUUCCUGAAGCUAAGAUUUCAUACAGGAUUUACGGGCAAGUGAGUGUGUUACAAUUUGAGAUGGCGACUGAAAGAUGAGCUUUGUGAACUCCCUGAGGGGAGUUUUCCUAGAGGGGUUUUUAGUUGGUGUCCAACCUAAAUGCACCAAACAUUUGAAGACAUUUGUGUGUAACCAGCUGUCUCAGUAAGUGGACUGACGAAGGUAGUCAGCCUAUAAUAAGGAAAACUCCAACUCAAAUCUAAACUCAAUUCUGUCUAUGGUUAAAAGGGAUUUCAUAGCAUAAAAUACGGAAACACAGGUCAGAGAAGCAUAAACCGAAGUAUUCAUUAUUCAUCAUUCAGUAUCUCAUAACCAGUGAUAUAACAGGUUGCUUCUGUUAGUCCCUAUGAUUUUGUGGAUUAGUGCUUUAUAGUUUACAUUUAAGAUGCAUGGAUGUUUACAUUUCCACUGGAGUCUGACAUUUUUGCACAAUUGUUGUUGUCAUCAGGGAGAAUAUGUUUUUGUUCUGAGUGUAUAUUCAGAUAUAGCACUGAAAUGCUUUUAUUGUGAAGCAUGUGGUGAGAGUGUGACUGAGCCACCGUGUUCAUGAAACAGGCUCACUGUGUGAGCAUGACUCGAAUGUUCUGUUGUGUGUAACGGAAAACAAAAAAUCACAGCUGACUGUCUCUCUUACCGUGAUGAUUUUUGUCAUGACACUGUUUGUGCGAACGCAGCUGCUCUCAGGGCGUCAGUGAAGCAGUCAAAUCUUCUCAAAUUAUCCUUGUAGAGAUUUUAAUCAGAAGGAAAACUUUCAUUGGUUUGUGAUUGUUUUUAUAUUGAGAGAGAUUUGUGUGGAGCCCAGCGGGAUCAGUGAAGAGGGAGGAGGUUACUAACUUUGUUGAGCUUUUAAAGGCAAAUGAAUCAAAGUAGUAACUCCCUGUUAUCGUUAACCCAAGCAGCUGUAAUGACACACAGACAGUGGAGCAGGAAAUUUGAAGUAAAGAGAGACAAGACAGUGUUGAAACUAACUGUAAUAAAUUAAAUGAUUUUGUAUGUUAACCAUUGCCCUGCUUUUUACCUCUUGUACCAUAUUCAUGUUUUGGCAUUUGUCUUGUUUUAAAAUAAAACACUUCCCAUUGUGAAA